CCUUGGAGCCCACUGGAGCCCGGCCCAACCCCAGGUCAGCAGCCCCUGGCACGGUCCCUGAGAGCCCGCCGGGAUUGCCCCAGGCACAAAACCACAGUGACCUAGGUCGCGCUUCCUUUGGCAACCGGGGUGGCCCGCGGCGAGCGCGCUUUGGCACCAGGCGGGCGCGGGGGCACGGGGCGCACGCCCUCUGGAAAUCGUUGGGGUCGGGAGGCGCUGGGUUACUGAACUUAGUCGUUGAGAGCUCCUAGCCAAGUCCGCGCGACAGGUCUUAUCGCCGGGUCCGGGAAAUAAGCUGCCUGGGUGGGGCCGCGUUUGGCGACCGCUACUCGGCCACCCCUACUGCUCCCGCCUCUCCCCUGGGAUUUUCCAGCGGGUUAAUUUCCUGUCGGAGUAAAUCCUUCGCGAGUCCCUCGCCCCUCCCUCCCCAGCUCUCCUCGCUCGGUUCGUGCCGCCCCGGGCUCCCCUAGUCCGUCCGCGCCGCGCUCGGUCACCCCCGCGCGCCCGGGCGCACGCCCUCCCCGCCCUCCGGCUCCCAGCGCCCGGCGGCCGGGGCCCCGCGCGCCGCCUCGCGCCAGGCUCGUCCCGAGGGCCGCGUCCGCGUCUCCGCGGCUCGCGCGGGUCCCCCGGCCAUGCGCCCCCGCGCCGCCCCUCGCGCCCCCGCCGGCGCCGCCGCCGCGCUCCGGCUCUGCAGCCUCCUGCUGCUGCUCGGGCCCGGGCACGCGUGCCCCGCGGGCUGCACCUGCACCGACCCGCACACUGUGGACUGCCGCGACCGCGGGCUGCCCAGCGUGCCCGACCCCUUUCCCCUGGACGUGCGCAAGCUGCUGGUGGCCGGUAACCGCAUCCAACACAUCCCCGAGGACUUCUUCAUUUUCUACGGCGACCUGGUCUACCUGGACUUCAGGAACAACUCGCUGCGCUCGCUGGAGGAGGGCACGUUCAGCGGCUCGGCCAAGCUCGCCUUCCUCGACCUCAGCUACAACAACCUGACCCACCUGGGCGCCGGCGCCUUCCGCUCCGCCGGGAGGCUGCUCAAGCUGAGCCUGGCCAACAACAACCUGGCGGGCGUGCACGAGGCCGCCUUCGAGACCCUGGAGUCGCUGCAGGUGCUGGAGCUCAACGACAACAACCUGCGCAGCCUCAACGUGGCCGCCCUGGCCGCGCUGCCCGCGCUGCGCACUCUGCGCCUGGAUGGGAACCCCUGGCUCUGCGACUGCGACUUCGCCCACCUCUUCUCCUGGAUCCAGGAGAAUGCGUCCAAGCUGCCCAAAGGCCUCGACGAGAUCCAGUGCUCCCUGCCCGUGGAGAACAGGAGGGUGUUCCUGCACGAGCUGUCGGAGGCCAGCUUCAGCGAGUGCAAGUUCAGCCUCUCACUCACAGACCUGUUUAUCAUCAUCUUCUCCGGCGUGGCCGUGUCCAUCGCUGCCAUCAUCUCCAGCUUCUUUCUGGCCACCGUGGUGCAAUGCUUCCAGAGGUGCACCCCCAACAAAGACCCCGAGGAUGAAGAGGACGACGAGGAUGACUGAGCCGCCCCCUCCCAUUCCUCACUUUCCAGAACCCAAGCCAUCGGCUCCCCUCCAAGAAGAGAGGGACGUGCUGAGAGGGGAGAAGAACCGGCCACCCACAGUGCCCAGAGCACAGAGCCGCACCUGCUCCGUGCCCUGCACCCCGGGCGCGCCUGCUGGGAGCUCCGCUCUCAGAGUUUGGAAUCCAGAGUGGAGCGGCCCAGGAAGGAUCCCUGGAGGAGAGCCGGCUCUCGGCGGGAGGGGUGUGUGGGGAGAAGAUGGCUGAGUCCCGCUUCCUAGUCGACAGGUGAAAACCAGCCCAGGGCACAUGCAGACCUCAGCUCGCCCACAAAGAUGAUUUUGUGCCGUCCGUUCUCUGACCUGUUCUGGGAGACCUGGCAGCAUCUCCUUCCUGCCAAGUGGCAGCAGCUCAGACAGCGGGGACUCAAGUGUGGGUCCCCCUCCCUGGAAGCAGGACUUCUGCUCCUCUGGAACAGGCUUCCGCAACCUUGGGAUGUUACGCAAAGAACAAACCCACGUCUGGCUAAAACGGCGCCGAGGAAGAAGCUAAGAAGUGGCCGAAGGACGUUUGCUGUUACAUGUUGGUGACAGAGUUGGGAAAACUUCCGUUGACAGAACUCAAACCCUGAUCCUUCUCCUAAUGCUGGCAACUCGUGGAGGAAGGAGGGGCGUUCUGUACAAUCCCGAUGCCGUCUGCUCUUCCCUCUGAGGGACAACCAAGUCACUUCCCCUCCCGUCCCGCAGCCCCUCACCUCCCACCCGUUCGGAGUCCCUCCUCAUCCACAUGAGGCCUGCUGUUCCCUGUGCUGGCACCGUUCCAGACGUGUCGUCUCCAGAACUUGCAGGAAACUUUCCUGGAGGCCAGGAUUCCAAAAAGCAGGUUGCGUCAGCCCACCAAAAUGUUAAAAAAAAGAAAACAUACGAACUAGGACUUGGCCUCAGAGAACCCUCCAUCGGCGGCCUUGGGGGCUAUGUGACAUUUCUUUGGCGCACAGGCUGUGACAGGCAGUGUUUUCCAGGCUGUGGAACGCAGCUCUUUGGUUCAGAGACAAUGUGAGACAAACAGCGUCAUGCGCCCAGCGGGUUAAUGCAAGAUGGCAGGAGUUAGCCGCGUUGGACCUCGCUGGGGACUGAUGCCCAGACCAGCGGCUUGGGGGAGGCUCCUGGGAUAUUUCCGGGAAUCAACUCUCCAUCAUUUCUCGUAAUACAUCCCUUAUGUU